AUGACACGAACGGAUCUCAAUUUCGAAGUUUUCUGCAACAUCGUCAAUGGCGAGCGCCGCAGCUCCGACAAAACAACAUCCAGCGUCGAUCCUUCGACGGAGUCCAAGCUAUGGGACGUACCUGUAGCCAGCCCACAAGACAUUGAGGAUGCUAUCCGCUCCGCGAAUGAAGCCUUCAAACUCUGGUCCGCCACACCCUUUGAAGAGCGAAUCAACAAGCUAGCACAAUGGAGGGAUCUCUACAUGUCAUAUAUGGAAGACUUCACCAAGUUACUUAUGGCGGAGUGCGGAAAGCCAUAUGCUGUGGCAUCCGGCGAGGCAAAUGAGAUUUUGGCUCUCUUCAAGCACAAUCUUGAGCUUCGCAUUCCAGAAGAGCGAAUUGAGGACGAGACACGUAUUCAGACUACUCGGCAUGUUCCUGUUGGUGUCGUUGCCGCCAUUUGCCCAUGGAACUUCCCUAUGGUUCUCUCGGUCGGAAAGAUCAUACCUGCUUUGUUGACCGGAUGUACUAUCAUUGUGAAGCCGUCACCCUUCACACCUUACUCUGCACUCAAGAUGGUCGAGCUUGCCCAGCAGAUAUUCCCUCCCGGUGUGGUGCAAGUUAUUGGUGGCGACGAUUCUAUUGGUCCCGCACUUGUUAAUCAUCCCAAUAUCAACAAAAUCGCUUUUACGGGGUCCAGUGCUACCGGGAAGAGAAUCAUGGCCUCCGCUGCUGGAACCUUGAAGCGCGUGACUCUGGAGUUGGGUGGCAAUGAUCCAGCUAUCAUUUAUCCCGACGCUGAUAUCGAGAAGACUGCCCCAGAAGUCGUUCAAGGAUGCUUCGUCUUCACUGGCCAAGUCUGUGUCGCCACAAAGCGCGUAUAUGUCCACGAGAGUAUUUAUGACCCUUUUCUACAAGCCAUGGUUGAUGCCGCUUCCCGGUUGGUUGUUGGAAAGGCAAGUGAUCCUACCACGACGAUGGGUCCCAUGCAAAACAAAAUGCAAUACGAGAAGGUAAAAGAAUUGAUCAAAGACAGCGAAGCCCAAGGAUACAAGUUUGCUCUUCCACCCCAAUCCAUUGCCUCCGACAAAGGAUUUUACCUCGCCCCAAGUAUUGUCGACAACCCACCUGCAACAUCUCGAAUUGUCACCGAGGAGCAAUUUGGCCCAAUUGUGCCGGUUCUCAAGUGGUCCGACGAGGCGGAUGUUAUCGCCAGUGCAAACGGAACUACCUCCGGACUCGGCGCUUCGGUGUGGAGUGGUGAUGCCGCUCGUGCGGAACGAGUUGCUCGAUCAAUGCAAGCUGGAAGUGUUUUUGUAAAUUCUUGGGCGAAGACAACACCCCGCGCAAUGUUGUCAGGACACAAGGAGAGUGGGCUGGGAGGGGAAUGGGGCUCCACUGGAUUUCUCGAAUACUUCAAAACGUUCGUGCUUACCGUGCAUGUCAACGAUGUCGUCAACGAAAGCUCAAAUGUGAUCAAAGCCUUCCCGCUAACAUUACGGAGGACAAACGCACCGGACGGAGCAUCAAUCUCAUGUGUACAAUGCCUCCGAGCUGGGAAUGAAUGUGUACUUGCCGGAUCGCGGCGAGGGGGCGACUUCUCACGAUUUCGUGGGUCGCAACAGAAGCAGAACUCCACACCAGUCGUCCGCCGCCCGGGAAUAAAGCAGAGGUCUACCGAUCGACCAAACAAAGACUCAGGGAAAGGAGAUGAGGAUCCGAUAUACGCCGAGCUCACUAAUCCAGGCGAUGCUCUCCAGAUACUUGCUCGGCUUGCAGCGAACGAUCACCGAGUUUCCAAUUUGCCCAACUCCACGGCUUCAGAUGCAUUUGGCUCUUCUGUUUCGGAUGGACCACCGAACGUGGCAUCCGCAGGGAGUAGUCCUGCAAAUCCGAUAGCACCUCCUAUGCUGCAGUCGACGCUUUCCGAAACAGAAACAUUGGUGAUUGGUGUGUUGGGUAUAGACACGGUGAACAUCUUGGUCCAACAUUACGCAGCCACAUACCACACAUUCUGCCCCCUCGCAACGAGAAAAGUCAUAGCAACAACCGAUCCGCGCAAAACAGCAGUAGAGGAGCCCUUCCUCUUGACUGUAAUCUUGACCAUCGCAUCCAAAGAUGAGACCGCAUACAGAGAGAUCCAUCAACACUGUUGGAAAUAUUUGAAAAGGCACUUGCUUGACGUAUUACUUGCCACACCGGCGACUUUGAGGGUGGGAUCAGUCGAGGGUCUUUUGCUUCUCGCAGAGUGGGUUCCCUACUUACAGCUGGAAACAUGCUCUUAUCCCAAUAUGUUCCCGAUGAACCUCAGUGCUGUGGAAGAUAACAUGGCUUGGUCUCUUAUUGGACAAGCAGUGAGGCAUUCCUAUCUGCUCCGUCUAGAUAAGGCAUCCUUUCGGGAGACAGCAAUGGGCGAGACGCAGGAACUAGAGAAUCGAAAGCUAUUAGCAUGGAUAUUUGUGUACAUCUCCGACCGGCAGAUAUCUGUCCGAAUGGGUCAAUCUUUCUGGUCCCGCGGGCCAUCUCUUUCCACAAACUUCACGGCGAACGACUUCCCAAGUCUUCGGCUUCCAGCAGAUGCAGAGCACAAAUAUGCACAUGUUCUUCAGGCUACAAUAGAGCUCACUCAGCUUCUCCAUAAUGUGCAUGACAUACUGUACGCAUCCAAAGAACGCAGAGCCCAAAUGGUACGACGGGGAGACUACAAUCGCUAUCUCGAUGAUUUCCGACAGUCCAUCGCAGCAUGGGAAGAACGAUGGGAUAGUCUUGAAGCAUCGCCAAAGCUAAACAGCACUAUGCACAUAUUCAAAGAAUAUGUCCGUUUAUAUGCGAGUGCUUUCUCCUUCCAGUCACUUCUUUCAAAAGCUAUGCAUCUUGACCGAAGAGAGCCAGGCCCUCUCACAUCAGGGCCAAACGAUGUCGCCUCACUGUUCCCGCGAGGAAUCUUGUCCACUGCAGAGGGCACAUACAUUCUUGAAUCAGUGGAUGCUGCUCGAAGAAUUCUAACAAUAGCGGUCCAGACGAGCUCUGAAGCACAGAUUCGCUAUAUGCCAUUCCGAUUUUACGUGUACACCGUCUACUCCGCCGUUUUCCUAUACAAAGCCGACGUAUUCGGUGCGCUAGUGAGCACGGAAUAUACAGAGAUAGCCUACUUGGUUCAACAAUACAUUCAAGCGCUGGAGCAAGCAGCGAUCAGCGAGUUCCAUAUUGCUAGCCGUUUUGCAAGCUUGCUCAAGCGUAUGUGGGCUUCCGACAGGCAGCAAUCUUCUAGAGGGAGAGACGCGCCUUUCGAUGUCAUGAACAGCAUCAGCCGUCUCCGACAGCCACCGCAGGCUUACGAGCCUCUUCAAAAUAUUGACACGAUCGACGAUCGGAACCGCCGUUAUGCUCCAUUUGAUACGAGACUUCCAGAGCCGUGCUUUAUUCCUACACCUGAUUUCAAUAUGUUUUGUCCCGAGUUCUCAAGCCUAGAGUCUGAGUUAGUAGAGCUUGGCAUGGGAUCUCUCAAUGAUUCUCUAUGA